GCUGGGUACGCGGCGCGGGAGGCGGAGCCCAGCGGCGCAGGGGCGGGGCUGCUGAGCUUGGUCAGCUGACCGCGGCGGGGGACUCAACCCAGAAGCGCGGUUCCCGAGGGUCUCGGCGCGAAGGAAGCCUCACCUGCCUCUACGCCACGCGGCCCUCGGUGGUGGGACGGCUCCCUCCGCAGCCAUGGUCUGGAAGAAACUGGGUGCCGGCAACUUCUCCCGAUGCCCCAAUGGCUCUAUCCUCUGGAUCUGGGAUGUGUUUGGCGAGUGUGCCCAGGAUGGCUGGGAUCAGGCCAGCGUGUUCCUGGGCUUGGUCUCCAUCCUCUGUUUUGCUGCCUCUACUUUCCCUCAAUAUAUCAAGGCCUGCAAGACAGGCAACAUGGACCAGGCCCUGUCCCUGUGGUUCCUCCUGGGCUGGAUCGGCGGAGACUCCUGCAACCUCAUUGGCUCCUUCCUUGCUAACCAGCUGCCCCUGCAGACCUACACGGCCGUGUAUUACGUCCUGGCAGAUGUGGUGAUGCUGACCCUGUACUUCUAUUACAAGUUCAAGAAACGCCCCUCGCGGUUGUCUGUGCCCAUCAACUCCGUGCUCCUGUUCCUCAUGGGGACCGUGUGCCUGGUGCCCCUGCUCGGCAGCGGGGGCCCUGCGGCUGCGCCCGGGGCAGUCUUCCGGGGGCGGACGCUGCUGUCUGUGGAGAGGUGCGGCUCGCCCCACGGCCCUCCCUGCACAGACGCGUUCACACCGGUGCCCUUCACCAAGCAGGAGAUCAUCGGCUUCAUCAUCGGCUCCAUCUCCAGCGUGCUGUACCUGCUCUCCCGGCUGCCGCAGAUCCGCACCAACUUCAUACGGAAGUCCACCCAGGGCAUCUCCUACCUGCUGUUCGCCUUGGUGAUGCUGGGGAACACGCUGUACGGGCUGAGCGUGCUGCUGAAGAACCCCGAGGUGGGGGAGAGCGAGGGCAGCUACCUGCUGCACCACCUGCCCUGGCUCGUGGGCAGCCUGGGUGUGCUGCUGCUUGACACCAUCAUCUCCAUCCAGUUCCUGGUGUACAGGAGCCGCCUCACCUCCCCGGAGCACGAGCCGCUGCUGCACAGCUGAGCCCAGGAUAGCGGGGACCUCCAGGCCCAGCUGCCCCUGCCAAGCCUCAGUCCUCCGACCGACCCGAUGGACUGUCUUCCAGAAGCGGGAUGGCCUCCACGGACAAGCCUCCCCAGGGAGCCUGGCAGGACCCCAGGGCGCCCUGCCCACUACCUCAUCCCUGCAGCCGUUGAGCCUAGACUGUCCCGCCACGGAACACAAACUAGUAAACGGUGCCUCCCAGCCCCAGCCUGCUUCCACCGCUCCUUCCCGGGGUGCUGGCAUCUGGCAGCCCGGCCCGGCUUCCCGACACCCCGCGCUCU